GGAGGAGGAGUCGGGCUGGUUUCGGUCCCACCCACUUUCUCCGUCGCGUUGGAUAAGAAAGAACAGAAGAACGGUACUUAGUAGUGGAAAUCGGUUGCUCCGUUCGGGAUGGGUCUCAUAUUUGCUAAGCUGUGGAGCUUUUUCUGUAACCAGGAACACAAAGUGAUAAUUGUGGGACUUGACAAUGCUGGAAAGACCACCAUUCUAUAUCAAUUUCUAAUGAACGAGGUGGUUCACACUUCUCCCACGAUAGGAAGUAACGUUGAAGAAAUAAUAGUAAAAAACACUCAUUUCCUCAUGUGGGAUAUCGGAGGGCAGGAGUCGUUACGGUCAUCCUGGAACACCUAUUACUCAAAUACAGAGUUUAUUAUCUUUGUAGUUGACAGCAUUGAUCGAGAGAGACUGUCCCUCACAAAAGAAGAACUCUACAGAAUGUUGGCCCAUGAGGAUUUGCGGAAGGCUGCAGUUCUCAUCUUUGCAAACAAGCAAGAUAUGAAAGGUUGUAUGACAGCAGCUGAAAUUUCCAAGUACCUCACCCUUAGUGCCAUAAAGGAUCACCCUUGGCACAUUCAGUCCUGUUGUGCACUAACAGGAGAAGGAUUGUGUCAAGGUCUGGAAUGGAUGACAUCCCGAAUUGGAGUAAGCUAACUGCUUUGGAUAGAAAGUGACACUUAUCCUAUGGACAAAUACCUUUGUGGUACACUUUGCUACUCAGGUAGCAACAUAUUUAACUUAAAAACUUCUGAAACCUCCGCAAGCAACACUUGAAUCAAGUGCAGCUGAAACAUAAAAGUAUUUUUUAACCUUUUUAAAAAUGCACUAAUCUUGGAUGGAUGAAGAAGUGACGACUAUCUGAAAGUUUGUUCUCCUGACUACAUAAGCUACGUGACUGCCUUGUAACAAAACUUACCAUUGUAAAAGCUCCUUGUUACUGCUUAUAGUAAUAGCUUGUAACAUUGGUCAGUCUCCUUCCUUGUUUCUAUGCUGCAACAAUUAGCUUUAAGAAUCCCAAGAGUGUGGAUAUUAAAGUCAACGUAUUUCCAGAUGAUGGGAGUUCAAAUAUUGAUACACGCUACAAGAGAUACACGCUCUAAAACAGAAGCAGGUAUUUAUUUUCUGCCGUUGCCUUUCUAUUUAUGUAACUGUCAUUGUGCUUCUACCUUGCCAAACAUAUACCAGUUUUAAAACUUUAGUUGACUGCUAAAUGUUUUAUAUUGGUUUUUUCCUGGAAAUACCAUUUUUGUAUGUGAAAUAACCAUGAAAUGUGCUUCAUGUUACCAAGGAGGACUAGUUGACCGCACUGUGUUUUAACAAUGCAAGUUUAAUCGGAAAACGAUUCAGAUAUAUAUAUAUGGGGGUUAUAUUUUCCACAACAAUGUUGAUUACGUUAUUUGAAAGCUAAUCUCUUCUGGAUAUUGUGCUAUUAGCCAACGAGGUUCUACAGUCUGGUUCUAAAUCAGUGCGAGGCAAAAAUCAGUUCUUAAAAUCUGUAUGUGUGUAGUAUGAAUUUUAACAAAUGAGGCCUAAUUAUCUUCAUUGGAGAAAAAUCAGAGCAAAAAGUAUUCUUGCCAAUAACUGCAUUCUUCUGGAAAUUGGUCCAACUUUUCUAUAUAAAGCCUGACAUUCUACAGCAUGGGCAUACUGCGUUAUUUCGAGUAGUCCACUAAAGUGGUUUGCAUUCCUCCUCA